CCCCAAUCAGCCCGACUACAGUCUUCCCGACACUCCCCUUCCCUUUACUUUCUCGUUUCCCCACGACUUGAUCAGUUAGCUACCCUACCGUGGCGGAUCAUAUCACCCACUAUGGAGGAAGUUGCGACCUCGAGGACGACGUCCAAAAGGACCGCUCCAACCAGCAGAGGGAGUUCAGCAUAUGCCCGCAAACGGGCUGUCAUAGCGUGUCAAGUCUGUCGCGCUCGACGUACCAAAUGCGACCAGAAAAAGCCGACCUGUUCCUUUUGCGAAAGCAUAGGGGCCGAAUGCGUGUCGGACCCGCCAGCACUGUCUGCUUUUGAUCCUGCUAGUGUCGCGAUCAUCGAGCGACUGGACAGACUGGAAAGACGAUUCACUGCCUUUGCCGAUGUUCCAGCUCGCACACACUUGUUCUGUCAACAACCCUUCGCGAGCAGUUACCUACAUCACCUCCCUUACCAGAAUGUGGAUCAAAUAUUGAAAUGGCCGGCCUUACAGGAGGACCGGCUUUCAGUCUCGCCAAAUGCUAGUGCUCGGUUCGCCAGUUCCCCAUCGUGCGUCCCGUGGGGUCCAACUGAAGGGAUUGACCCUGCAGCUGGCAACAUACUCGACACUGUGGCACAAUCCGGACUAGUCGAUCGAUUCUUCUUGCAUGUCCACAGUCGAAACCCGAUUCUAGACGAGAAGAAGACCCGGGCGUUGGCCCAGCUGAUCCACGACCGAGGGAUGAUAGGCUGGGACACGGAAUCGUGCUUAAUGUUGCUGGUCUGGGCCAAUGGCGCUCUAGGCCGCCCAUUGCCAACCCCGGCUCAGUCUGAAAAACAAUACGACCAGGAGCAAGCUACGGCUCUCUUCCUCGCUGCACAGCAGCGAUUGGGCCCCGUGCUCAUGACAGCCGGUAUCAUGCAGGCGCAGUGUCUUUUCCUGGCCGGAGUAUUUCUGAUGUCUUCACUGCGGCCAUUCGAUGCUUGGCGCAUGUUUCUACAGGCCCUUACCAUGUGCCGCACGUUUGAGAAGACCAUGUCGUGUGAUGCUACUGACACGGUAGCCGCCGAGAGCGUAUAUUGGUCGGCAUGGAAAUCUGAGCGAGAGUUGUAUCGGGAGCUCUGGUCAUCGGCCGACCCUAGAGGUUCCGGCCUCGCGCAUGAUCAUCCGCGACAAUUCCCCAGUCUGCCAGCAGACUGCGAAGGCGAGAGCCUGCAUACCUGGUAUUUCUAUUUGUCAGAAAUCUCUGCCUGGCGCCUCGAAAGCCAUGUGGAGGAGGAAAUUGCAAGAUUCGCAGCUGAAGGCGGUGGCCGUGGCGGGCUUGAUGGUCUGACCGAAAUUGCCAACAGCCUGAUGCAACAAGCUCGUGAGUGGCAGAACUCUUUGGCUCCCAAGGUCUCUCUGCAGCAGCAGGCCGAUGAAUAUGAUGGCGACAUGCUCAGACUCAUCUUGAGGGCACGCGUUGCAUAUAUUCAAGAUAAGAUAUCCUGGCCAUUUAUAUAUGCAAUCCUUCAUGACAACAUGGAAACAGAAUCGCCCAGGGUGCGGAAUUGGGCAGCCAAAGGUCUCUCUUGUCAUUUGCACAAGCUGGAAAUACACCGAAUCCAAUUCUACCACAGACAUCAUGGAACAUGGGUCAUGAUACGAUCCUGUGCUCGAAGCACCGCUAUCUUGCUGGCUGCCGCACGACAACCGUUCUCCAAGACACUGUUACCAAGCGAAUCCGACUGGCGUGGAGCCGUGGAAGCCACCCUCGAAAUGCUUCGCUUCUGGCAACCAUACGUGCAUGGUUUGCGUGAAGUUGUUGAGCGGUUAGAAGCUCUCUAUUCCGAGCUGUAGAAGAGGGGCUUCUGGAUCCUCGGAGUUCUUCAUUUUCUAACUGCGCGAAGCGAAGCCAUCAAGCGAGAAAGGGGAUUACCGGGAUGUACUUCGAAGGUUGAAAAGCCACUUGGCCUUACCAGUCGUGGCUCUUCGCAAAGCGUGAAUCGACAGCGUAAAACGGUCAAAUCGACAUGGCACCAGUUCGACAUCUGGAUGAUACAUUAGUAAUUUGUCUCUGACCAGAUACUAGUAUUCAGAGAUGUAGCUACGGAACUCAUAAUUCCCACUUCUCCAUGCAUGCCCUCCGUCGGAAUGUGUGCUAUGGAAGGAGGGUUGCUUCCCUGACCU